UAUGUCGUGGAUAAUUAAAAAAGCGAAAGUAGAGCAGAACAUCAUUACAUAAUUUGUAUUACUUGAUAAUACUUAUUUUAAAAGAUAUUUUAUGUUGAUAAAUGGCUAAAAAGUAAAUACAUAUUCGAUCUAAUCAAUUUUGUUUUUACAUUGACAUCAUAAAAACAGCAACACUCUUUAAAGCAAAGUUAACAUCAAAAGUGGGUCCUCUUUAUUGAAAGGAAAAAUGGCAGAGGGGGGGAAGAAAGAUGUUGACAAUUCUUUAUGCCAAGAACCAAAGGCUCCUUUUAGAAUUGCAGAAGGGGAAGACUUGCAGGAACAAGAGAAUGAACUGUUUGCCUUGGAGGCAAUCUAUGAAACGGAAGAUUUAGAAAUCUGCAAACAUGACAAUGCUAGUGGUCAUCCUCCAGGAGGUAUAUUUAACAUUCCUAUUAAAACUCCAGAAGAUUUUUAUGUAAAAGUCACCAAAGAUCUCCAUCAGAUAAAGCUUAUGGCAUUUUCUGCUGUCAGAGGGCGUGGCUGGAAAGAAAAAAUCAACCAGCGCGCGGCCCAGCGGAAGAAAGAAAAUGAGAAUUGUGAAUCCUCUGAGAGUCCAGCCAAACCAGGAUCACAACCGCAGCCUCUGUACCUGGUUAAAAGGCUCCCACCAAUCACACUCAACUUUUCGUUUCCACAUGACUACCCCUCGGUCAGCCCUCCAAACUUUACUCUCUCCUGCUGUUGGCUGGAGAAAAAAAAUUUAACCAAGCUGUGUGAGAAAUUAGAUGAAAUUUGGACAAGAUAUGCAGGCUCACCCAUAAUAUCUGUCUGGCAUGAUUUCUUGUAUCACGAAGUCAUUCAGUUUCUAGAAAUAAAAUCCCCGUAUGAUCUUGGUCGAGUUCUAGUCCAUCUUUUUACACAUCCUCCUGGGUAUGAAAAGAAAAACUACAGCUUUAUGGCGCCCAGGCCUUUUGACUGGAGAGGUGUUCAGACAUUUGGCAAUAUUGAUGAAGUUUUACCAGCGGUUCUAGAUUUUAACCUUACCACCUGUGAUGUUUGCAUGGAGGAGAAACCUGGCCACCAGUUUUUAAGACUGGUGAACUGCACAGAGCACAGGACGUGUAAGCUGUGUACACAGGGCUGGCUGGAAGCCAUGAUUAAAGAUGGCGCUGUCAGCGACCUGCGCUGUCCUGGGUACAAGUGUGAGAAAUCCAUUUUACCUACUGAGGUGGCAGCUGUUGUUUCUAAAGAGCUGUACGAGCGCUAUGAGAAACUCUUGCUGAAAACAGCUUUUGACAUCAUGCCAGAUGUGAUGAUUUGCCCCCGGACGUUUUGUCAGUUUCCUGUGGUCAUUGAGGACAAUUUAGGCCUGUGUCCCAACUGUAAACAUGCAUUUUGUGGUCGGUGUCAAAACACGUAUCAUGGUCACUCACCUUGCAAGCUUAAGUCAGAAAUGUUUGCCCUGCUGGUUAACGAGUACGAGUCGAGCACAGCAGAGAGAAGGCAAGAGCUAGAGAUGAGGUAUGGGAAGAUGGUCAUCCAGCGUGCCUUGGAGGAAACCAAGUCCAACAAAUGGCUCGAGACAAACAGCAAGCAGUGUCCUUGUUGCAGCACUUUCAUACAGAAAAAAGACGGAUGCAACAAGAUGGUGUGUUCCAACUGCCGUGCCUUCUUCUGUUGGCUGUGCCAACAAGAGCUGUCCAAGGCCAACCCUUACGCCCACUACCAGCACCCAACCUCAGCUUGCUCCAACAGACUCUUUGAGGGGGUGGAGAUCCACGAUGAGAUUCUGGAGUUUCUUGAUGAACUUGAUUCUAGUGAGGAUGAAGACGAUGAUGAUGAAGAUGAAGUGGAUGUUGAUCGUUUGUAGCACCAAGGGUCAAAAUAAAUUUGAAGGAUGCAAUCGUAUGCAAUGUUUCACCUGUGGUCAGAGCUUCUGCUACCUUUGUGGUGUGUUGUUGUCGAAGAAAGAUCCUUAUAGCCAUUUCUCUGAUGAAACAAAGCAGUGUGCUGGCAGGCUCUUUGAAGGCACCAACACAGAAAUUUUUAACAUACUGAAUUACCUGCAAGAAGUUGAGGAUGGAAUGUUUGAAGAUGCUGCUGUGUAAAUCUUGUCAAUUAUUCAAACAGUUAUUUUUUUUUUUACCAAUGUUGCAACUUCUAGGGUUUUUGUCAAUAUACCCAAAUACAAGUCAAGGGUAUGUUUUGUUGAGACAUCUUAUUUCAAUUUAGUUGCAUAAUCACUAAAAUACUUUGAUUAUUAGGAUCUCUGUUAUUUUAAUUAAUUUGCAGAAUUUGAUGCAUUUUGAUGCCAUAAAUAUAAAAUAAUGAAAACAUUUAAUCUUGAUGAACUAUUAACAUCAUAAAAAUUGAAUAAAACUUGUCUCCCCCUCAUGGCUUAGUGGAUCAUUGUGUAUCGAAGUUUGUCUGGAGUUAACUUCUAUACAAUUUGCAUGUUGAAAUUUUGGUGUUCAAAACUUUGUUCAAGUUGACUAAGCAAAAGAAGGUUAAUUAAUGUAUUGUUAAAGAGAUAAUUUUUGUUUUGUUGUUGUUAUCAUAUUCUAUUUCAAUUAUAUAUUCUUAUAAUCUUUUUUAUACUACGUACAACUCUAAGAGUCUUAUUAAAUACAGAGCACACUAUGGUGCAACAAAACAUUUUUAAAUAAACUGGAAAAGCUCAGAAGCUAUUUAAAAAAAUGCAUUUUUUACAAUAGAAGAUAGAAAACAAUUUUAAUACUUUACACUACUUUUUUUUAUUAUGGGAGAUGUGAUAUACAUGUGUUAUAAACUGUGACCUAAUAGUGACUUGUUAAGUAACCUACCUCUCUGGUAAGCUAAUAAUUAAUUGUCUUUAACACAAGGUACCUAAGUUGAAAUAAAGCAAAAUGUGAUUACAGAAUUUUUUUUUGUACGCUUAUUUUUGGUAUUUUUUAUGCAGCGGUGAACAGAAAAAUAAAUUCUGGCACAAAUGAUUUUUUUUCCUCUCAAAUUUAUAACAUUUUUUUCCUUUAAAUUUUUAAUCUAAUAUUUUUAAAGCAAAAAUAAAUAAAUCAAGAAUUUUGUUAAAUAAUUUUUAUUUUUUUUGCCUUGUUCCUGUACUGUAGCAUUAGGCUACUGUUUUCUGUUUGUUAUUUAUUUAUAGCAUUUGAAUAAAGUAUGAAAUUAUGGAAUGUCUAUCCUACUAGAAUAAUAAAAACUA